AUGUCAUCGAUUGCCCCUCUUGGGGAGGGAUGUCUCGUAAAGAGCAAAUACACUAGCAUGGAUGUGGAAGGCCCGGAUGAGAACGUCGGUGAUGGAGAGGGCUACUCGACACCGCAAAAGAUUUGGGGCCAGUUCGAAGCCAGCUCCGUCGAGAGAGUAAGGCCGGUAAAACCCGAUACUGCAUUCGAUCUAGAUCUGCAGCUGGACAGAAGAUACAAAUCCACGAUCAAAGCACUCGUGGAGAACCACAGCACGGCAAAGGAUUCGAAGGCCGGCGACAAGGACAUGGAUGUGAUUGAAGGGAAGGUUCGUGGUCUCGUUGUUCCCCUUCAUGGCCCGCCGGGGGUGGGAAAGACGUUAGCGGCAGAGACGAUUGCCGAGGCAACUGGAAGGCCUCUGCUUGUCGCCAGCGUGGUCGAGAUUGGUCUCAAUACCUCCAAGGCAGAGAACAACCUUGAACGCAUGUUUCACCUCGCCGGAGCUUGGGAGGCCAUCCUCCUCGUGGAUGAGGCAGACGUUUUCCUCGAGUCUCGUAUGAGCACUUGCGAUCCCAAUCGGAACACCCUUGUCCCCGUCUUACUGCGUGUUCCUUGGUAA